GUUUGACUUAGCCAUUGUAUGGGUGUGACAUGUAGAGGUUAUAAGCAAUGCAGUCAUCAAGGAAGUAAAUUGUGGAGGGUAGGAUUCUGAAUGGUGAGAAAGAUAUACAUGUGAACAGAAAGUCGCACCUGUCAGAAACCAGAAAAUCAUGAACCCAUGUCAUCCUUUCUGUCUUCUCAUCUUCAUGACCUUUCUCCCUGGAACCACUGGGGCAAACCUGACCGCAUCACCAAGCCAAAUAACAAUCGGGGGCAGUAACCCAACAUCUCAGUUGACUGUUUCGUGUAGGCCCGAUGCACCUGAAAUAACUACAUUGUAUAACAUACAGAUUGGCCAGAUAUCAUCUUCUGGUGCUAUACAGCCUAUCAUACAGAUAGACUCGCCAGGCACGUCAGUAACAGUAGUGGACACAAGUCUACAACAGCGGAUGACAGCCUCGGGUUCUAUCAGUGGACCAACAGGCAGUAUACAGUUCAUCCUGACAGAUCUGAGAAGUACUGAUGCUGCUACUACAUACUACUGCAAAACGUUAUACAUGGUUGGUGCAGAUGGAAAUGAUGAGGCAACUACCAACAUCACUGCCAGAACCUACCCAGAGCAGAUAGAGAUGUUCCCUACUCCUGACAGGAUCCAAUAUGACUAUGGUCAGCUCUUGUCAAUCAGAUGUACAGGCAGGAUUGGGAACCAGUUUGAUGAGAACAACCUCCAGAACCUGUGGACAUGGGAGUGGCGAUCUGUAAACAGCGAGUUCAGCUCCUGGACACGGUACCCCAACGACCAAAACAUCACCUACGACCGUCCUACUUCAGUAGCGGAAUGUCAAUAUACAGGGGCGUCAACACUGGUUCACACAGUCUCGUAUCUAGACAGUGGAAGACAGUUCAGGUGUUCUGUCCUAAUUGCAGACUAUAGUGCAAACAAGACUGUUUAUGUACUUGCCACUGGGGCAAGCCUGACCGCUUCACCAAGCCAAAUAACAAUCGGGGGCAGAAACCCAACAUCUCAGUUGACUGUCGGGUGCAGGCCAAAUGCACCUGGGAUAACUACAGUGUAUGGCAUGGAGAUUGGCAAGAAGUCUUCUACUGGCACUGAUCACACUAUAAUACGAAUGACCAACACAGAUUCGUCAGUUCAAGUAGUGGACACAGGUCUACAGCAGCGGAUGACAGCCUCGGGUUCUAUCAGUGGAGCAACAGGCAACAUACAGUUCAUCCUGACAGAUCUGAGAUGUGCUGAUGCUGCUUCUACAUACUACUGCAAAACUGUACACUUGGUUGGCACAGAUGGAAAUGAUGAGGCAACUAUAAACAUCACAGCUGGAACCUACCCAGAGCAGAUAGAGAUGUUCCCUACUCCUGACAGGAUCCAAUAUGACUAUGGUCAGCUCUUGUCAAUCAGAUGUACAGGCAGGAUUGGGAACCAGUUUGAUGAGAACAACCUCCAGAACCUGUGGACAUGGGAGUGGCGAUCUGUAAACAGCGAGUUCACCACCUGGACACGGUACCCCAACGACCAAAACAUCACCUACGACCGUCCUACUUCAGUAGCGGAAUGUCAAUAUACAGGGGCGUCAACACUGGUUCACACAGUCUCGUAUCUAGACAGUGGAAGACAGUUCAGGUGUUCUGUCCUAAGUGCAGACUAUAGUGCAAACAAGACUGUUUAUGUACUUGCCACUGGGGCAAGCCUGACCGCUUCACCAAGCCAAAUAACAAUCGGGGGCAGAAACCCAACAUCUCAGUUGACUGUCGGGUGCAGGCCAAAUGCACCUGGGAUAACUACAGUGUAUGGCAUGGAGAUUGGCAAGAAGUCUUCUACUGGCACUGAUCACACUAUAAUACGAAUGACCAACACAGAUUCGUCAGUUCAAGUAGUGGACACAGGUCUACAGCAGCGGAUGACAGCCUCGGGUUCUAUCAGUGGAGCAACAGGCAACAUACAGUUCAUCCUGACAGAUCUGAGAUGUGCUGAUGCUGCUUCUACAUACUACUGCAAAACUUUACACUUGGUUGGCACAGAUGGAAAUGAUGAGGCAACUAUAAACAUCACAGCUGGAACCUACCCAGAGCAGAUAGAGAUGUUCCCUACUCCUGACAGGAUCCAAUAUGACUAUGGUCAGCUCUUGUCAAUCAGAUGUACAGGCAGGAUUGGGAACCAGUUUGAUGAGAACAACCUCCAGAACCUGUGGACAUGGGAGUGGCGAUCUGUAAACAGCGAGUUCACCACCUGGACACGGUACCCCAACGACCAAAACAUCACCUACGACCGUCCUACUUCAGUAGCGGAAUGUCAAUAUACAGGGGCGUCAACACUGGUUCACACAGUCUCGUAUCUAGACAGUGGAAGACAGUUCAGGUGUUCUGUCCUAAGUGCAGACUAUAGUGCAAACAAGACUGUUUAUGUACUUGCCACUGGGGCAAGCCUGACCGCUUCACCAAGCCAAAUAACAAUCGGGGGCAGAAACCCAACAUCUCAGUUGACUGUCGGGUGCAGGCCAAAUGCACCUGGGAUAACUACAGUGUAUGGCAUGGAGAUUGGCAAGAAGUCUUCUACUGGCACUGAUCACACUAUAAUACGAAUGACCAACACAGAUUCGUCAGUUCAAGUAGUGGACACAGGUCUACAGCAGCGGAUGACAGCCUCGGGUUCUAUCAGUGGAGCAACAGGCAACAUACAGUUCAUCCUGACAGAUCUGAGAUGUGCUGAUGCUGCUUCUACAUACUACUGCAAAACUUUACACUUGGUUGGCACAGAUGGAAAUGAUGAGGCAACUAUAAACAUCACAGCUGGAACCUACCCAGAGCAGAUAGAGAUGUUCCCUACUCCUGACAGGAUCCAAUAUGACUAUGGUCAGCUCUUGUCAAUCAGAUGUACAGGCAGGAUUGGGAACCAGUUUGAUGAGAACAACCUCCAGAACCU